AUGAUUUUGCCUUCAGGUAUUAGUUCAGUUUGGGCAGCUGCGGCUUUUCUGACAUUUAUACCAAUGAGUUAUGUCAGUGCUCUUAUAGAUCCAAUCGAGGUUGAUGGUAAACAAUUUGUUUAUUCUUCAACGAAAGAACCUUUCUAUAUAAGAGGUGUUGACUACCAACCGGGCGACUCAUCAGAUGUGAAUUAUGAACAUGACCCGCUCACAGAUGCGAAUGUUUGUGCUCGUGAUAUUCUUUUGUUUCAAGACUUAGGAAUCAACACAAUUAGAAUUUAUUCUGUAAACCCAGAUCUGAAUCAUGAUAAAUGUAUGUCGAUGCUUGCUACUGCUGGGAUGUAUUUGAUCCUUGAUGUGAACUCUCCACUACCAAAUCAGCAUUUGAAUAGAUAUGAACCAUGGACAUCUUAUAAUCCAGUCUAUCUUGAACAUGUUUUCAAAGUUGUUGCUCAAUUUUCACACUACAAUAACACACUUGGAUUUUUUGCCGGUAACGAAGUAGUGAAUGAUAGAAGAUCUGCACAAUAUUCUCCUACGUACAUCAAGGCCUUGGUGGGCGAUAUGAAAGCUUACCAGGAAGAGCACUGUGAAAGAAAAGUUCCUAUUGGCUAUUCGGCCGCUGAUGACCUGAAUUAUAGAGUUCCUUUAGCAAGCUACUUGGAAUGCUCUGAGGAUUCUACAAAUGAUAUGAGUGUCGAUUUUUAUGGUGUCAAUUCGUAUCAAUGGUGUGGGAAACAAACGAUGCAAACGUCGGGUUAUGAUAAAUUAGUUGAUGCUUAUAGAACCUAUUCGAAACCUGUGUUUCUAUCAGAAUUUGGAUGCAAUAGAGUUUUGCCUCGAACUUUUGAAGAAAUAAGUCCUCUUUAUUCUGGGGAUAUGUAUACAACUUUUAGUGGAGGCUUGGUUUAUGAAUACUCACAAGAAGACAAUAACUAUGGGUUGAUCCAAUUAGAUGACGACGGUAAUGCCCAAAUAUUGCAAGAUUUUCACAGUUUGAAAAAACAAUAUGAAAAGGUAGAGAUGCCUUCUAGAGAAGACGUGGAAGAAGCUAUAGCUAACGAUCCUAUUAUGUCAGAAAUCGACAAGAACCAUUCUCCUCUUUGUCAAAGCAAAUAUGAAAAUCUAAAUAUAAAGACGAAAAUAGAGAAAGGUUUAGCAAGCUCUUUGAUUAAGCAUGGAGUCUCGGUAGAAAAGGGAGAAUACGUACCUUUAACUGAAGAAGAUAUGGAGACUACAUACGCGAUCUCCGAUGUAGACGGUACGGAUUGGAAAACAAACAGAAGGAUUAAGGCCAUUAGAGAUGCAGAACCUAUAAGCUUUAAAGACCCUUCUGAGUCCAAAGAUGACGAGAAUUUUGAAGAACCCAAGAGAAACUCCUCUGAUUUGAUCAACGUCUCCCUUUGGUGUAUUUUAUUUGCAUAUCUAUUAAAUUUUAUGUUUUGUUCGCUAUAA